ACUUUGCGUAGCAAGGUUGUGUUUGGGGUGUUUUUGGGGGAAAAAAGCACAACGCCGAAAACAUCGCAUAAUACUGGAGAUUGUGGGGUGUUUGGGCUAAAUUAAACAUUGACAAAUAUUUGAGUGACUGCGUGUGAAAUUGACAUGAAAAAGAAUUCAAUAAAUAUUUAAGUUUCUCCUUUUGUACCAGAAAAAAGGCAAAAGUUUGUACCGCGAAAAUUGGUGGGAAAAUUUAUGUGGAGUUGCCGAAUAAGGCAAAAAAGCCCCCAAGAAGUUUAUUCAAAUUCAACUUUAGCCCUGUGUUGGGAAAAGAGUGUGGUUUCCCCUCCUGAAGGCAUCAUCAAAAAAGACGACAAGGCAUUCCUUCCCCAUCCCCAUCUCCAUAAAACCUUUCGUGGUAAAAACGCAGAGAAAUUUCUAAUUGAAUUGUGUAUUUAGAGGGAGUUUGGCAAAAUGGACUUUUCAAGUGAUGAUCUUAAAGCUAGUGUGUCAAGGGGAAAAACAGUGGCAAACAGUGAAAAUAUUUUAUGAAGUUCUCCAAAACAUUAUUCCUGACAUAAAAAUUAAUUUAUUAUUCACAACGGACAAACAGGAAAAUCUCUUGGGUUCCCCCCCAGUAUUACAUUAUGAAAGAGUGAAGAGAGUUUCGAAAAUAUAGAGUAAAACAUUUUCCCACCCUCUGAGGAAAAGUGGGAGGAGACAUUAAAAAUUAAGAGAGUGCUUGGAGCUAAAAUGAAUCUAAUUUUUGUCAUUGUCAGCUUUUGUGGAUACUAUUUUCAAGUAAUUGAUUCUCUGAAGCUAGUGAAGGUCACAAUUCCAAGUUACAAGCUCCGCGGGGAUAAUGUGGUCCUUGAGUGUCAAUUUGAGCUGCAGGAGGUGACAAGGCGACAUCACAGCCAUCACUUUCUCAACUAUGACGAUGAGGUGGCAGAUGACAGUGGACGGGAGACCCUCUAUUCUGUAAAAUGGUACAAAGACAACGAGGAAUUCUAUCGAUUUGUCCCGCGGGCUUCACCUCCACAGCACAGUUACAAAGUCGAUGGCAUCAAAGUUGCUCAUGAGCACUCCAACAGCAGCCGCGUCUCGCUUCGCAACGUGAAUAUCAAAUCUUCUGGGCUGUACAGAUGUGAGGUGAGCGGUGAGGCGCCCAACUUCUCAUCCGUUCAGGGAGAAGGAUACAUGGAAAUUGUGUAUUUGCCAAGAGAUGGACCCCUUAUUUCUGGCGAAGAUCGUCCCUAUGAAGUUGGCGAGUACCUUAACUUUACUUGUGUGUCAGGAAAAUCUCACCCUGCAUCAGUUCUUCAGUGGUACAUCAACGAUGAACCGGUGGUCGACCUGAACUCAUUGAUUCAUUAUCCACCGCAACAUCACAGUCAUGGUCUUAUCACAAGCCGCCUGGGGCUCAAUUUGCAGCUCCAGGGACGCCACUUCCGGCAUUCUGGUGCUCUCUUGCUCCGAUGUGUCGCCAACAUUCUUCCCCACGCAAACUUAGACACCGACAUGGAUCUCGAGAGUGUCGUACAACGCUGGCAACCAAUCAUGGAGAAUCGGGAAGCUCUUUUUCUUGUUCGAAGUACUUCAAAUACCCAUGUGGCGAGCUUCACAAUUCUAGGAUUAAUUCUCAUUCGCCAGACACUCACCAUCUUCAGUCAAUCCACUGGAAUGUUGCCGUAACAUCUAACAUGAGAACACUACAUGAUGUUGCAGCCAUAGUGGAUGGAGAUUCCCGUGUAAAAUAUUAUUGUACGAAAUAGAUAAUAAAUUAUGAAAUUUCUCUAAUUACUCC